UCGACCGAUUUGCAACAGAUGGGGUGUGUUGAUGCACGCUGAUGAUCCUCGUAGGCUCGCAAAAUGCGCAUAUUUUGUCUCCAGGGCGCUAUAGCAGCAUUAUUAUUGAACUGAACUAUUGCCUUCAUAUCUUUAGACAUCGGUGGAUUGACCUUUAGGAGAUUUCUGACAUAAGUAAGCAGACUUCUGUGCGUUCUGACAGAAACUUCAAGUUCAGUGAACGUCAGUCGCUUGUGUAUACAUGGUGUAGGCCUAGGCCUUCAGGAAAAAGCUUGCCUUUGCUUGACAUUUGCUGGCGUCGACCGCGGCAGGAGAACUAACUUAGGCAAAUUCUACUCGGCUGUGAAGAUGUCCGAACAGCAAGCAACAGAGGAUAUUGAGGAGCAACAAACAAUACAACGACUGGAUGAGGAACAACCCAAGGCUGACGAGAUGGAACCAGAGAGCCAGCCAGUGGACGCUGACCAAACAGAACCGGCCAAAGAGGAUAAUGAAGGUAGAAAGGCGGGACUAAGGAAACGUGCCAGGGGGCGGAAAGAGGGGAAAGAAAAAGGAACAGCCACAGCAGAGGCAAGCAAAAGACAACAGCAGUUCAUCGCUGAGUUUAAUCGCCUGAAGGCCAGCCUGGAGCAAGAGGCUACACGGAUUGUCAAACCAGAAUUCAAGCAGUACUCACCAUACAUUCACACCAGUCUGGCUCCUUACUACAACACCUACACAGUGCAAUUCCUUCUUAGUCUGCCUCCUCAUGUUCGGCAUGGGUACAUCACUCGCAAGACUGCCAUCGGCUUGGUGGAUCCUGAGGUGUCACACAACAUGGAUGUAAAUGUCGACCUAGUGCCAGGUUCUGUUCCAAUUCCAGUAACAUCGAUGGAUCCUAAACUUUCACCAAGAAGUCAGGGUCUCAAGGGUGGAAAAGACGGGAUGGGCAGCACCAGACUACCCAAGUGGCCAGUGGUGAAGUUCAGGAAGACAGAAGAUCCUAACAAGAAGCUCGACUGGGGUGACGUACCCAGAUUGAGAGACACCCUGAAGACCCAGUACAGCAGCAAUGCUCAGGAGCGCAUCAAGUUUGACUAUGAGCGUACCAAGCAAGACUGGGAUCGUAUGGAGCUGGACAGGUUGAGGGAAAUUCACGAAGUCAAUCGUAGCCACAUGCGCAUCACCUGCGGUACAUAUCUUGGCACCUCCAAAGGCUCCAACAAGGCCAUCAAGAACCUGACCAAGGUUCUGGAAUAGUCCGUGCCACUCAGUAUUCAAGAUUAGUGUUUUCCAAUGUAAGUUUAAAUUCCUGUGUACGAUGCAUAUUCAGUAGAAAGCUAUUAUCAUGAAGCAUGAACUACAGAAGACAAUCCAACAACGGCAGUAUUAUCCAUAGUGCACAGUCUGUGCUAUUUCUCAGUAUCACAAUUAAUGAUUCACUGCACGAGCAGUUCUUGAGGAUUGUCUAAGCGGAUCCGUUUAAAGACUGGUAGUCAAAGUAGUGGUUGCUGAUGCAAGUGACCUGACUAAAUUUCGUAGGCUGGUUCCAGCUAGUCAACCAUUUGCCCACCAGUAAUGAAGUCCAACAGUCUAGAGACUUGUAAAGAUGACUGAUCAUAGUUCAUCUUUGAACUUUCUCCAAGAUGUUCAUAAUAAUGUCCUUCUAGUAGAGGCAAAGGUUCCUUGAAACCCUUUCCUUAAAAAUUGCAGGUAAGGAAUAUUUCAAAUCUCAGACAGGUUGCGUGAUUGACUGGAAAUGCUGGAGGCUUCAAGUAAAAGCCAUGAAUAAUGAUACGUUUGUGAUUUAUCUGGCAAGCGACCUUUUCUGAUUUGGAACUUAGAACAAAUUUUAGUUUUCAAACUUUUUAGACAAUGAAUAUGGCUUCUUGGAAAGUUAAUUAAUUCUGUGAAUCCAAAUUGGGAGAAAAUGUUUUGGGGAAAAAUUGUAAUGCAAAUGUUUCAGUUAAAUCACUUAACGCCAUUUAGUUUCAAGGGCAAGGAGUUGAUUUCAGACACCCAUUGUUAAAAUUGUGAGUGUAAAAUAGAGAAAGAACAAAUACAAAAAAUUAAAAAAUGGAAUGAAAAUAUGAUAAUGUAGGCAGGAAGAAGUCACAAGCAAUACUAGUAUGGACCUUGAUGCCUUCACCGUUUUGUUUUCCAUACAAAAUAUAUUUUUAUUACAUUCCACCACAAGUACAUUCUUUUUUUUUUUACAUAUAUAUAUUUUUUGCCAAAACAAAGCUCUUGUGACAAAUGUAAAUGUAGUACGUUUCUUUUAGACAACAGCUUAAUACGAAGUCAGAGUUUGGAAGACUCUGAAGCCAUGUACAGUGUUUUUUAUAAGCUGUAAUUGAAAUGUACAUAAAAAAUGGAAUAGGCAUUUAAAGGGCUAUUCUAGUUGCACCAGUCAUGAAUUGAGUUGAAUUUUGGUAUGGUGCUAAGACAUGCUGGAUGAAGGUUUUGUUUCAUCCUGGUAUACAGAUUUUUUGUAAUGAGUAAUGUAAGUUAAUUGAUUAACGGUUGUGUGAUGCAUACGUAUGUAGUGAAAUUGUGGCCCACCGUGAAAUUCCUCCUGGGUUAUUUAAUCUGUAAGAAAUUUAAACGGAAAGGGAUGUGAGAAAAUUGUAAUGUUUCAGAUUAAUAUGGUAAUUACAUGUUUCACUGAGUAAAUUAUCAGUUGUCCUAAUCAAUUUUGGUUGAUAGGACCAGAAAGCAAAAUGGCUUAGCAACCUCCAAGACACACCUUUCAUUUGCUACUUUGUUACUUAGGUAUUCCAAAACAUAUUUUUUUCCCAAUAUGAUGGUCAGAAACAAGACAAAUGCAUCGUGACUGAUCAUGUACUUGUAGGGUUCCUAUUCUUGUAUAGUCAUGUUCACUUCAUUAUUUCUGUAUUCUAGAUGAACCAUGGACUGUACUGCCCAUUGUAAAACAUGAACGAAAUAAAACCAGAGUUUUGAGGGUAAAA